AUGCCAUCCCGCGCCCAGAUUCACGCUACCCUUACCACACUACCCACCGGUCCCCCUCUUGUCAUCGCCAUCAUAGGCGGCACAUCAGGCAUUGGAUCAUACACAGCAAAAGCAUUCGCCUCCGUUUACCGCAACGCCGGAUCCAAACUUCGCGUCUACCUUGUUGGUCGCGACGCCUCACGCGCAGAGGCCUUACUCACAGAUGUGCGCUCGACGAGUCCAGGUUCAGAAUGGCGGUUCUUGAAAGCGAAUGAUCUGGCGAUGAUGAGCGAUGUCGAUACCGUGUGUGCGCAGAUCAAGCGGUACGAGGAGGAAGAGCCGUUGAAGGGGGGAGGACCGAGGAUAGAUAUGUUGUACAUGAGUCAAGCGUUCUCACCUUUAGCACCAUCCGGUCGCACAAUGGAAGACCGCAUCGAUGCGAAAAACCUCCCUAUCGGCCCACCGCCGCCCAAGAAAUACGGCGUCACAUCGGUCCGCACGCACGUCUCUUUUAUGAAGACGUAUCUUUUCGAGGCCCUGGCCGAGAAACACGCUGGCAAAAUAUCUUUUAUUCAUAUUUACCCUGGGCUAGUUGACGGGCCAACGUUCUUGAGUCCUGUGAAUCCAUUGUGGUUCCGUAUUUUGUGGCGUGUAGCCAAGGUAUUGAUGGCUUGGUACAUGACGAGUCCUGAGAGCGAUAAAGAGGGAAAUGAUGUGGCAUUCAGUAGUAUGGGAGAAAGAGGCGGUGGAGCAUAUGCUGUCGGUCAGAGGGGUGAUGAGAAAAAGGAAGUUAGUUAUGCGAAGCUGAGGCAGAGUGACACUAGGGACAGAGUGUGGAAACAUACCAUGGGUGUGUUGGAAGGUGUUCAAGGAUUGGCAAGAUAG